ACCGUCGUAAAACAGGAUUUCCUGACGGCUUCGUAGCUUUACGAUGACAACAAGUAUGGCGGCUGCCAGUGGUCGAUUUGAAAGUGAGAAGAGUAUCGAAGAGCGUAAGGAACAGACCCGGCUUGCCAGGGCCGAGGUGUUGCGCCAGGCCAAAGCCAAUUUUGAAAAAGAAGAAAGGCAUAAAGAACUUAAGCGACUUCGUGGUGAGGAUACAUGGAUGCUACCUGAUGUGAAUGAGCGAAUUGAACAAUUUUCACAGGAACACUCUGGAAAGAAAAAGAAGAAAAAAGACAAGCAUUCAAAAAAAGUAAAGAAAGAGAAGAAAAAAAAGAGCAAGAAACAGAAAUAUGAAAAAAACAAUGAGUCAGCUGAUAGCUCAUCAAGCUCUGAAGAUGAGUGGGUUGAGGCUGUUCCGUCCCAGACUCCUGGCAAGGAAAAGGCCUGGAAAGUGAAAGAUGAACAGCCAGAACGAGAAGAUGGCAGCCAAGCUAUGCAGAGGGAUGAGUGGAUGACUGUUGAUUUUAUGUCUGCUAAAACGGUGUCAUCAUCGUCACUCAGAGCUGAAAAGGAAACUGCGAGGAAAAUAGAGCAAGAGAAAACCCGAGCCCUUGAACAGUCCAAACUUCUGGAAAGAGAAUUGAAUCCAUACUGGAAGGAUGGUGGGACAGGUCUUCCACCAGAAGACUGUAGUGUAUCAUCAGUUACUAAAGUUUCAGUGGUAGAGGAUGGUGGAUUAAGCUGGCUAAGAAAGUCUUAUCAGAGAAUGAAGGAACAAGCUGAGAAACAAAACAGAAAUUUUGAGGACAUUGUAGCCGAAAGAUAUGGGUCAAUGGAAAUAUUUCAGUCGAAAUUAGAAGUAGCUGAAAAAACUGCAUCUGUAAAAGAAGAUUAUAAACGAGAACGGUGGAGGAAACCUACAUAUUCAGAUAAAGCACAAAAUAGUCAAGAAGGUAGAAAAUCAGACUUAGUAAAAUACAAUAGCAGUUCAAGGGAUAGAUAUGCUACAACAGUUAUUGCAAACAAUAACAAUAAUGAUAAGUCUAGUGGUGAUGAAAAUGAUAAGAGGUCUGGGUCUUUAGAAACACAUGGAAGACAAUCUAAUCCAAAGCAAAAUCAAGGGUUUUCUUCUGGAAAUUUGAGAUCUAAAUUCUUAAGACCCUCUGAUGAUGAAGAGCUGUCAUUUCAUAGCAGGGGCAGGCAGUUUGAGCCUUCUAGGUCGUCUUCUGCACUGGUAGCUCAGGGUUCUUUGUGUUGUGGUUUUCGAAGACCCACUGAGAACAAUGAAGAAAGUUUAACAUCUUGGAGUCGCUGUGAUGGCAGAGAAGGGGAGAAGAAGCAUGCAAAUCAAAAGCCAUUGGAAACCAGUAGCAAUAUUGAAUACCGACACGUUCCAGAGGAUGUGAGAGAAAAACCACAAGAUGAAAGCUUGAGUGGUGACCCUCUGAAGAAAGAACAUCUGCAUGAUGCAACAUCUACAUUUGCUGGUAGUCCAGAGGAUGAGUCCAUCCACAUCCUGAGUGUUGAUGAGAAAAACAAGUUGGGAGCCAAGAUUAUCAAGGCAGAGAUGAUGGGGAAUGUGGAAUUAGCUGAACAACUUAAAGCUCAACUUGAAAAGGCAAAUAAAUGCAUAGAAACUAUAACACAAACAUCAAAAAAAUCUGGGAUAGAGCAUGAAGAUCAGCAAGAAGUGAUCCUUGUCAGAACAAGCCAGUCUGGAAGAGUAUGGCCUGUGAACACAUCAGGAAAAUCUUUGGAAUCAAAAGGAGGAAGAAGGAAGAGACAGAUGGUUUCAACCCAUGAAGAAAAAGAAAGGGUCAGAUACUUUGAUGAUGAUGAUAAUCUAAGCCUAAAUGAUUUAGUCAAAAAUGAGAAGAUGGGAACAGCAGAAAAUCAAAACAAACUUUUUAUGAGAAUGGCAUCUAAGUUCAUGGGAAAAACAGACGGAGACUAUUAUACUUUGGAUGACAUGUUUGUCUCCAAAGCAGCUACGAAAGAACGUCUUGGUGAAGAGGAAGAGAACCAGAGGAAAAAAGCUAUCGCUGAGCAUCAGAGUCUUGUUGCACAAAUGGAGAAAUGUCUGUAUUGCUUUGACAGCUCUCAAUUUCCCAAGCACCUUAUUGUGGCAAUAGGUGUUAAGGUUUAUUUGUGUUUACCCAACUUCCGAUCUCUCACUGAGGGGCACUGCCUGAUAGUCCCUUUGCAGCACCAUAGAGCAGCUACCUUGUUGGAUGAAGACAUCUGGGAGGAAAUUCAGAUGUUCAGAAAAUCAUUGGUAAAGAUGUUUGAAGAUAAAGGAUUGGACUGCAUCUUUUUAGAAACUAAUAUGAGCAUGAAGAAACAGUAUCACAUGGUCUAUGAGUGUAUUCCUCUCCCAAGGGAAGUGGGUGAUAUGGCUCCCAUCUAUUUUAAGAAAGCCAUAAUGGAAUCUGAUGAAGAGUGGUCCAUGAACAAGAAGUUGAUUGAUCUCUCUUCAAAAGAUAUCAGAAAGUCUGUACCCAGAGGCUUACCUUACUUCUCUGUGGAUUUUGGCCUCCAUGGAGGGUUUGCCCAUGUCAUUGAAGAUCAACACAAAUUCCCUCAUUAUUUUGGAAAGGAAAUCAUUGGUGGGAUGCUGGAUAUAGAGCCAAGACUUUGGAGGAAAGGGAUCCGAGAAAGCUUUGAGGACCAGAGGAAGAAAGCGCUGCAAUUUGCGCAGUGGUGGAAACCAUAUGACUUCACCAAAAGUAAAAAAUGUUGAGAUGCCCCUUUUGUUUUUAAUUUCCUCUCCAGAUCCCGUUCAGUCUUAUUUCCGUUGCAUCUUACUGAACACCUGACCCUCAGGUCAUAGGGAGAGAGUCAAAGUAGUGGACGACUAAGCCUCUGACGACCAUACGUUGCGGGAUCGUGGUGUUUGCCCCCAACCUGCACCAGUGGACUUCAUGUUAGUAGCCGUGGAGUAAGAGCAGAUAUAUUAGAUGACCUACUCACAUUCCUGCUUUGUGCCUACUUUUUGAUAUUCUGAACUAUCCAGUUAACUAGAAAAGGACUUUUCUGAAGGAGUGGCUAGGAAGCAUAACAAAUCCUUGUUCAGAGGGAAAUGAGUCUUCAAGGCUGUUGAGUCUGUUGCCUGGCUUCUUUCACAUUUUUUAGAGGACUUUGUGUACUCAGUGAUAAUUAAAAUUUCUUUUCAUAGGGUUUUAUAGAAGAGCUCUUAAUUUUCUACCAGUAGAAUAUAUCGCUGCUAUUCUUUUUGUAAAAGGAAAAAGAAUGUCCCAAAAGUUAUUGAAGAAUUAAAUGAUGCUGAAAAUA